AAGCGCCAUUUUGAACUUCGUGUCUGGGCCGAGAAGCAGGGAAACUACGCGGCGGCCGCAGCUCGCUGAGGGAGUCUGUCGUAGUAACGGAACGUCCCGGAAGGGGGCCGCGCACAGCGUGGGACUGAAAAGGAAGGCUUCUCCUGGGUAGCCAGAGCCACAAAGGUGGAGCCGUGUUGGCACCCGCCGGGGGACCAGCGCCUCGGAUGCGGGCGGAGCGCGGGGGGCCGCGGCGGCGGGAGCGCGAAGCGGGGGUUCCGGGGGGCCUCAUGUGAGAGCCGCGGGACCAGCCGCCGCCGUCCCCGGAGCCCGGGGUGGUGUAUGGGGGAAGCCGCCCCCGGCAGCAGGAUGAAACGAGGAGGAGGAGAUAGUGGCCAAAAUUCAUCAGAAGAAGGUACUGCAGAGAAAUCCAAGAAACUGAGGACUGCAAAUGAACAUUCUCAGAUCUGUGACUGGGGUAAUCUACUUCAAGAUAUUAUUCUCCACAUAUUUAAAUACUUGCCUCUUCUUGAUCGGGCUCAUGCUUCUCAAGUUUGCCGGAACUGGAACCAGGUAUUUCACAUGCCUGACUUGUGGAGAUGUUUUGAAUUUGAACUGAAUCAGCCAGCUACAUCUUAUUUGAAAGCUACACAUCCAGAGCUGAUCAAACAGAUUAUUAAAAGACAUUCAAAUCAUCUACAAUAUGUCAGCUUCAAGGUGGACAGCAGCAAAGAAUCAGCUGAAGCAGCAUGUGAUAUAUUAUCGCAACUUGUGAAUUGCUCUUUAAAAACCCUUGGACUUAUUUCAACUGCUCGGCCAAGCUUUAUGGAUUUACCAAAGUCUCAUUUUAUCUCUGCACUGACGGUUGUAUUUGUGAACUCCAAGUCCCUGUCCUCACUUAAGAUAGAUGAUACCCCAGUAGAUGAUCCAUCCCUCAAAGUACUUGUGGCCAACAACAGUGAUACACUCAGACUUUUAAAAAUGAGCAGCUGUCCUCAUGUCUCUCCUGCAGGUAUCCUUUGUGUGGCUGAUCAAUGUCAUGGCUUACGAGAACUGGCCUUGAAUUACCACUUAUUAAGUGAUGAGUUGCUACUUGCUUUGUCUUCUGAAAAACAUGUUCGUUUAGAACAUUUGCGCAUUGAUGUAGUAAGUGAGAAUCCUGGACAGACACACUUCCAUACUAUUCAGAAGAGCAGCUGGGAUGCUUUCAUCAGACAUUCACCCAAAGUGAACUUAGUGAUGUAUUUUUUUUUAUAUGAAGAGGAAUUUGAUCCAUUCUUUCGUUAUGAACUACCUGCCACCCCUUACUUCGGACGAUCAGUGAGCAAAGAUGUGCUUGGCCGUGUGGAAGGACGUGCCCCCAGACUGGUUGAACGUGUGUGUGCUAAUGGAUUACGGCCACUUGAUGAAGAGUUAAUUCGCAUUGCAGAACGUUGCAAAAAUCUGUCAGCUAUUGGACUAGGGGAAUGUGAAGUUUCAUGUAGUGCCUUUGUUGAGUUUUGUGAAGAUGUGGGUGGCCGCUCUUGUCUCAAUUAUCUAUAAUCGGAAGAAGUACUAAUUCCUGCAAAGUACCGUUUGGAGCAGAUUCAUUGGGAAGUGUCCAAGCAUCUGGUUAGGGUGUGGUUCCCAGCAAUGGAUGCCCACUGGUAAACCACCGCAUGAUGUAGGACAUGAUGAAUAGCACCUUAACUUAAGCAUAUUGUAUUAUAAUAAAAGUUCAUGUGCUGUAGUUCUGAUGUAAUUCUAUUUUGUGGCACAGAAAUUUAUCUACAGUGUGUAUAUAAAGAUUGGUAACUGGAAGACUUCAUGGAUCAGUUUUGGUCAGAAAAAUCCCUUGUGUUUCUUUAGCAUAAUAAGCAUUCAAAUCUCAGAAGAUUAAAAUAAAAAUGGUUCAGAUGUGAAAGUAAUAAUCAGUUAUAAGACCUAAGGCAUUUUAAAAUCUGAAGGAAACCAAAACCUAUGUAUUAUAAUAUAUAAGAAGUGAGUAGUACUAAUAGGUUUUCCAAAAUAUUAUGUUGUCUAUGCAUUUUUUAAAAAUGUAAAUUUGACAUUUUAGGGUCUUCAGAUAUGCAUUACACCUGUUAUAAGGUGAUUAAAUAUAGCUCAGAAAAGUGAGCAUUUUGUGACAAAAUUUAGGAUAUAUUGUAGCUAAUGAAAAGACUGGUUGAAGUUCUCAAAUGUUACAAAGCUCUUUGAAGAAGAAUAAGUAUAUAUAAUCAAUUGAAACACUUAGAAAACUAAGAAAUGUCACACAGUGGUUAUUAUAUAAGGAUAAUAUACAGAGCCAAGAUCAAAUUAAGAAAAUAAACAGAAGGGGGGCAGUUUAGCUCUGUAUAAAUGUUUGUUUACUCUUUAAUCUUCUCAACCAUAUAAAUUCUUUUCUGUGAUAUGUUAUUAUGUAUGUGGCACUUGAGGUUUUUGUAUGUAAAGUAAGGAAUGCUUUACCAGUUCUCCUUGGUUUUGUUUAUUUUUAUUUAAAUUAGUUUUGAGGUUAUACAGUAAUCUAAAUGAAAAGCUUAUCUAUAUUUAAAAAGCCAAAUUAGGGGGUUUGGAUAAUUAAAAGUAGAACUUUAAAAUGUUUAUAAAUUGUUUCUAUGAAAGAAUAUUAGUCUCCAGUGAAUUUUAGUGAUGGUUCAUUUCUCUCUUUUGGAGCUUUUAGUUAUGUAAGUAGAAUUUUAAAAAAAUAAAAGGAACACCACUGUACAGUUCAGCAUAAACAGUAGUAAAUUUAAAAGAGGAUAUAUUUAAGUUCAUAAUCAUAUUUUUGAGUAAAUAUUGCUCAGCAGACUGGGAAGUUACCAUAGAAAAAUGUCUGCAGCUUUGUGAUUAAUUUGGUUAAACUGAUAUAUUAUUUAAAUUAGUGUUUUAUAUUAUUUUCAUAUUAAAAAGGUAAUCCAUGAAUUAUAGCAUCUGUAAAAAUAUUACAUUUUGGGCUAUGUUUAGGUUUUUUUUAGAUAUUAUAUAAACUUUGAUUCUGGACACUAAUGCUAGCAGCUAUUAACCUCCUAAGGAAAUUAGAAGUGGUUACCCCAAAGGAAUACAUUAAUGCCUGAAAUGGCUCUCUUUCACUUUAGAAGUGUUUAGCAGUUGGGAAAGCUAACAGUCUUACAGAUCUGAUCUGUUUUUCAAAUUAUUACCUUUCUAAGCAUAAUGCAAAAGGUGAGUUUCUGCAUAUUUUGUGGCUUUUCAAAGUGAGAAGAUUCAAUCCUGCAGCAUAUGUAAAUGAGACAGAUGACCCAGACUUGAAAAUUAAAAAGCAAUUAUUGUAAUAUUUUCCCCUCCUACUAAACAGUAAAAAAGUACUGAUUAUGCAAGAAAUACCUGUGUUAGUGGAUGAAGUUUUUUUUCCUUGAAUAGCUUUGGAAAAUGGACAUGGCAGUACAUAAUCAGUUAUACUAACCAUAGCUUUAUUUAGAAAUUUACUUUUUGUACAAAUUGAAUUAUAUAAUGCUUAAAAUACUUUACGUCACUUUAUAAGCAAAAUGCUUAGCACUUAAUUUGUUUAUACUGUAAAGUAUAUUAAAUGCUUUUAUUAAAUUGAGAAUAAAGAUAGUUACUAAUGCUGUUGUAUUAUUCCAGUUUUUAAAAGCUACCCAAACAUAUAUACUUAUUUGACUUUAAAACUAGUAAAACUUACA